AUGGGAGUAAGGCCCACUACCACCACCUCGUCUCCGACGCAGCGGGAAAUAUACCAAAAGUCGAACAAUUCAUCUCCAUCAUUGAUGGGGUCAUUAAUGAAAUCACUUAAGUCAUCCAACUCUACCAGACAUCAUCAUCAUCAUAAUCAGUCCGGCGCCGAAGCCGGUGGCGACAAUGACGCUGAUCAGCGUUCCAGGAGUACAUACCCUCUUUUGAGCAGAUCAUCUAGCCAGAACAACGCCUCUCAAUAUCAUGGACACGGCGUAAGCCAUAUUCACAUGAGUCCACUGAGGAAAAGCUCCUCGGGCAGUAGCAGUACCACUAACGUCUCAACACAAAAGGACCGGCACCAUUUGAAGAAAGACAAGUAUUUCAGGGACUUGGACGAAGACUGGAGUGCCGUUAUCGAAGAUUAUAACAUGCCUAUCCCCAUGAUCAGUAACGGAGGCAGCGAGUUGAAACCACCAGUCAACGUAGGCUUACGACGAAAAGAGGGCGUAGAAUCGCGAUCGCCUUCAGCUGGCUACCCCAGUUUGCCACAUCUCAAUAAAUCUCAAAGCUCGGAUCUCAAAACUCAGUAUGAGCAUGAAAGCGAACGCGAAUUGCAAGAGUUGAACUCAUUUAUGCAUCGCGUUUCCAAGUUUGAAGCUAUUUUACAACCUUCCAAUGGCAGCCAGAUUAAUCUGAGCGAGCUUCGUCGUCUAAGCUGGAACGGCGUACCCAUGUUGCAUCGUCCACAAGUGUGGCGGCUUCUGAUAGGCUACGCUCCUGCAAACAUCAAAAGACAGAGUUCGCUAUUACAGCGCAAGCGUCAGGAGUACCGAGAUGGUGUAGCCCUCGUCUUUUCAAAAGAGCACACCCGCGAUAUCCCAACAUGGCACCAGAUAGAAAUUGACAUUCCCAGAACGAACCCUUUGAUACCGUUGUAUCAGUUUCCUCUUGUCCAGCAAAGUCUGCAACGGAUACUUUAUUUAUGGGCAAUAAGACACCCAGCAAGCGGGUAUGUCCAAGGGAUAAAUGAUCUCGUAACACCUUUCUACCAGACGUUUCUUACCGAGUAUCUGCAGGCGGCCCAGAAAGAAAACGUCAGCAAGCUGAGUCCCGACGUCUAUCUGACGCACGAGCAACUUUUGGAUGUCGAAGCGGACUCGUUCUGGUGUGUUGCAAAGCUUUUAGAACAGAUCACCGACAAUUAUAUUCAUGGCCAACCUGGUAUAUUGAAGCAAGUUAAACAUCUCGGACAACUAGUCAAGAGAAUAGAUGCUGACCUGUAUGAGCACUUCGCUCAAGAGAACGUCGAGUUCAUUCAAUUUGCAUUCCGCUGGAUGAAUUGUCUACUGAUGCGAGAAUUCAGCAUGGAUAUGGUGAUUCGUAUGUGGGAUACAUAUCUUUCCGAGACCUCUUUGGAGUCCUCAUCGUCUUCGGUCGCGGAUUCCUCUGGAGUGACGUUAUCCUCCGACCCUUCCCUUCAAAACUCACCGGUCAGUACCUAUCGAGAGAAAUCGUCUUCUAAAACUAUGCAAAGCAAACACAGCGCUGUGGCCACUCCACGCCAGACAUCAUUGAGUGAGUUCCAUGUCUUUGUCUGUGCAGCGUUUCUCGUUAAAUUCAGUGAUAAACUCAUGAACAUGGAUUUUCAGGAAACUAUCACUUUUCUACAAAACCCACCCACGAAAUGUUGGGCUGAAAGUGAUAUAGAGCUAUUGCUGAGUGAAGCUUACAUUUGGCAAUCUUUAUACAAGGACGCAACGUCCCAUUGGAGAUGA